UAACUAAAGCUACAACAGGCAGCUCAUCUGGCGCCACAGUGAGGCGCAGAUUGGGGCCUGCUGGCGUUAAAUUCGCGUCGCGGGCUUAUGACGUCCUCUUUACUCGCUGCUCAUCUGCAGGAAAGAACUUUUAGUUCACCAUCCAUCGCAAAUCUACAAUGGCCGAGGAAGGCAGCAGUCCUGCCGGAGGUGUGAUGGAUGUCAACACCGCUCUACCUGAAGUGCUCAAGACCGCACUCAUCCACGAUGGCCUGGCCCGCGGUAUCCGUGAGGCUGCCAAGGCUCUGGACAAACGUCAGGCCCAUCUCUGCGUCCUUGCUGCCAACUGCGACGAGCCUAUGUACGUCAAGCUGGUGGAGGCCCUCUGCGCCGAGCAUCAGAUCAACCUCAUCAAGGUUGAUGACAACAAGAAGCUUGGUGAGUGGGUUGGUCUGUGCAAGAUCGACCGCGAGGGUAAACCACGCAAGGUGGUGGGCUGCAGCUGCGUCGUUGUUAAGGAUUAUGGCAAGGAGUCCCAGGCCAAGGAUGUCAUUGAGGAAUACUUCAAGUCCAAGAAAUGAAGUCUCAAUAAAACGAUGAAAUGAA